CGCCGCCGCCGCGGACCGGGGAGGCCCGGGCUCGGCCCCCGCAUGCCCCGCGGCCACGGCGCCGCGCCCGGCAGCCGCGCCGCCCCGCUGUAGCCGCCGCGCCGCGCCGCCCCCCGCGAUGACCCUGUCGGGCGGCGGCAGCAGCGACAUGUCCGGCCGGACGGCGCUGGCGGCCGAGGACGCGGACAUCGACGUGGUGGGCGAGGGCGACGAGGGGCUGUGCAAGGACAGCGACGGCGAGGCCGGCAGCCCGGGCGCGCUGCCGGCGGCGGCGGCGGCGGCCGAGGCGGCGCUGCCCGCGGAGCCCGGCGCGGGCGCGGAGAGCGGCAGCAGCGGGCGCGGCAGCCCGGCCGAGGCGGCGCCCGGCGGCGCGGCGGAGGGCGGCCGGGGGGGCGGCGGGGACGAGGGGGCGAGCGGCGGCGCGGCGGGGCAGGGCAAGCCCAAGAGCAGCCUGGUGAAGCCGCCCUACUCGUACAUCGCGCUCAUCACCAUGGCCAUCCUGCAGAGCCCGCAGAAGAAGCUGACGCUCAGCGGCAUCUGCGAGUUCAUCAGCAACCGCUUCCCCUACUACCGGGAGAAGUUCCCCGCCUGGCAGAACAGCAUCCGCCACAACCUCUCGCUCAACGACUGCUUCGUCAAGAUCCCCCGCGAGCCCGGCAACCCGGGCAAGGGCAACUACUGGACGCUGGACCCGCAGUCCGAGGACAUGUUCGACAACGGGAGCUUCCUGCGCCGCAGGAAGCGCUUCAAGCGGCACCAGCAGGAGCACCUGCGCGACCAGACGGCGCUCAUGAUGCAGGGCUUCGGCGCCUACGGGCUGGCCGGGCCCUACGGCCGCCCCUACGGGCUGCCCCCCGGCGCCUACGCGCACCCGGCCGCCGCCGCGCUGCAGUACCCCUACAUCCCGCCCGUGGGGCCCAUGCUGCCGCCCGCCGUGCCGCUGCUGCCGUCGGGCGAGCUGGGCCGCAAGGCCUUCGGCUCGCAGCUCGGCCCCAGCCUCCAGCUGCAGCUCAACAGCCUCGGCGCCGCCGGCUCCAUCAUCAAGUCGGAGCCCAGCAGCCGCCCCUCCUUCAGCAUCGAGAACAUCAUCGGCGUGCCCGCCGCCAGCUCGGCCGCCAGCGCGCAGACUUUCCUGCGGCCGCCCGUCACCGUGCAGUCGGGCCUGGUGGCGCACCAGCCGCUGGCGCUGGCGCGGACCACGGCGGCCAUCGCCCCCAUCCUCAGCGUGCCUACGAACAUCAUCUCGGGCCAGUUCCUGCAGCCCGCCGCCCCCGCCGCCGCCGUGCAGGCCAAGUGGCCGGCGCAGUAGGGAGCCGCGGGGCCCCCCCGGCCCGGCCCCCCCCCCGGCCCGGCUCGGCCCGGCCCGGCCGCGGCGGCCGGCGGCCCCCCCGACGGCGCCGCGGAGCCCAGCGGCACAGGUAACGCCGAGCGGCACCGCUUUGUACAUAUUUGUAUGGGAAACCGCUGACGUCGCUUUCGGGGGUUUUUAUUUUUUUAAGAAAAAAAAUACGGAGAAGAAGGCGGAAUCGCGGUGGGGAUUUAGGGGCUGCGAACUUUCGCUUUUUUUGAAGGUUCCGCCGCUCCGAGCUGUUUCAUCCGAAACGAGCGAGCAGGCUAAACGGACAGAGGUAUCGGAAAGAAAAGAGCGGGGGAGAUUUUAAAUAUCAAACGAGCAAACGGAAAAAUUUUAAAAAAAGGAAUUUUGGAGAAAAGGAAAGGAAAAAAAAAAGGACGAAAACCCUGUCAUUCUAUUAUAGAAGUCUGUUUAUAUAUGAAUGAAUAUAUGUAUUCUAAAUGUUAUCCCUUCGUGUUGUACACAACUUUGUAAAUAAAUUUUUAAAGCGCUG